AUGUCAGAAGAAGAUUUACACUUACCUCGUGAAUGCUGGGAAUUGGUAUUCAAAUUCCUCAAACCCAACCUUCACUUCGAACCUCUCUCCCUUGUCUCAACCCAAUUCCUCGCCAUCACCAACCUCCUCCGAACCUCCCUCACCAUAUCCAACCCAACACUCCCCUUUCUCCCCAGCCUCUUGCUCAGGUUCCCCUCCCUCACAGCUCUUGACCUUACGCGCCUCCAUCAUUCCCACCUCCACGCGCUCCUCCUCCAACUCUCAGGCGCCGCCCCACCACUCCUUUCGCUCAACCUCUCCGGCCACCCUUCCCUCCCCUCAAAUGGGUUGCGUGCGUUCGCCAGAAAGAUCACAACUUUGAAAUCCCUCACUUGCUCCCACUUGGGUUCUCUCCAAAACGCCGAUCUCCUUCUAAUCGCCGACUGUUUCCCUUUCCUCGAACAUCUCGACCUCAGUUUCCCCGAAAAUACCGACAAUUCCGGUGACCCAGUUUCCGAUUUAGGCGUAAAGGCUCUCUCUUUGGCCCUAACUAAGCUCCGUAGCGUUAACCUCUCUGGCAAUUUCUUCAUCAACGACCCUUCCCUUCUCAGUCUCUGCAAAAACUGCGAGCUUCUUGAGGAAAUAAUAAUCUUCGAGUGCCACUUCAUCACGCAACGUGGCAUCGCUUCCGCGAUUCGUGAAAGACCGUGCUUGCGUUCGUUCUGCGUUAGUAAUUUCGGGUGUGGAACAAAGAAGGGUGACACUGGCAGACCCUAUGCGACUUCUAAUUUCAUCAAUGCGUUGGUGGGAUUGAAGGGCUUGACUUGUCUCGAUUUGUCGUGUUCUUCUAUCUCCGAUGAGUUGCUAUGUUGUGUUGCGGAGGAAGGGAUUCCUUUGAAGAAGCUUGUUUUACAAGGUUGUUGUAACUAUAGUUACGUUGGAGUGUUGUGCUUGUUGUCCACAUGUCAGUCUGUGGAGCAUUUGGACCUUCAAAACGCCGACUUUCUGUGCGAUCAGCGUGUGGAAGAGUUGUGUGAGUUUCUUGGGAAUUUGGUGUCCAUGAAUGUCAGUGGUUGUAGGAUGUUAACUGAUUUAGCUUUGUUUGCACUCGUUAGGAAGUGUCCUUUGUUGAAUGAGAUCAAAAUGGAGGCAACAGAUGUUGGGAAGAAGGGGGUUGAUGUUGAUUUCGUGAAUGGUUUUGUGAAUCGUCAAGUGAAGUCUCUCUACUUGAGAAGCAAUUCCUGGUUGAGGGAUGAAAGUGUUGAAACGAUUGCUUCUGUUUGCCCCAGUUUGGAGGUGAUUGAUUUGAGCUCAUGCUGUGGCAUAUCUGAAGGUGUUGUUGAGGUUUUAAGGAGGUGUAGUAAGGUUAGGCAUUUGAGCUUGGCCUUUUGUUCAGGAGUGAAGUUAACUGGGUUGAACUUUGAAGUUCCAAAACUAGAAGAGUUGAACUUGUCACGAUCAGUAGUUGACGAUGAAAUGCUUUGUGUGAUCUCAAAGUGUUGUCGUUGGUUGCUGCAUUUGGACUUGGAAGAUUGCUCUGGUGUCACGGCCAAUGGAGUUAGGAAAGUGGUGGAGAAAUGCACGCGAUUGAGAGAAAUUAAUUUGGUGUCUUGUUGUGAAGUGGAAGCUAGUGUUGUUGCUUGGAUGGUGUUUUCCAGGCCAUCAUUGAGAAGGAUAAUGGCCCCCCCGAGUUUGGAUCAUAGUGGUGGCCAGAGGGAACUCCUCUUGCGUCAUGGAUGCAUUGUUAGUGUGUCCUAG